UAGUCAUCCCUGAUUUUGAAAUGUCAAAACAAAUGAUGCCAGUGCAAAGCCCAAAACGAAAACAAUAACAAAUAUGACGACAAGAACUAAUUAUAAAAAAAAUCGUUCAUUUGAUUAUAAACUAAUUAAUUUAGUUCAAAAGUAUCCAAUUUUAUUUAAAAAACGAAGUGGUAUUAAUCACUACCAAGCUUUGAAGACGAAAAAUGUUAUAUGGCAGCGGAUUGCAGAUGAAAUGGAAUCGACAAAAACAAUUUGUAUAAAACGAUGGAUUAAUUUGCGCGGGCAAUACACAAAGGAACUACGUAUGUCCAGAGAAUUAUGCCCAAUCAAAGGUACUUUACGCGGUUCACAUUGGCCAUACUUAGAACAACUUAAUUUUCUUAAAAUUGAAGAAAGUGUGAGCUCACCUACUGGAUCAGGCAAUAAAAGUGAAACUGACUUAGAAGUAGAUAAUGAUGAAGAUAGACAAGUUAAUUGUGGGAAGCUUCCAGAAAAUAUUAUAACUGAUGAUAUAUUGGAAAAGCUAAAAAAUGAAGAAUUUGUUGUUGUUGAUGAAAUGGAUCAGAAUGCAGAAACAUUUAAGUCUAUUCCACCUAAUGAAAUAAAGCAAGAAGAACCUUUUAAAACAUCCCAUGUAAUAGAGCAACAACCUAUUGCAAUAUCCUCAUAUGUUAAAGUAAUGCAGCAACAAGUUAUUGAAACACAACAUGCCAAAUCAAUGAUACACCAACCUAUUGUAAUACCACAAAUCAAAGUAACACAGCAGCAACCCACUGCAACACCCCAUAUUGAUAUACUAGAGCAGCAACCUAUUCAAGUACCUGAUGCUAAAGUAAUAAAGCAAGAACCCGUUGAAAAACCUUUCAGCCUAGAAAAUGCUUUAGUUGAAAUAAGUACACAUUUAAGAGAUUUUGAUGACACAAACAGAUCUGUUGUCGAACAAAGAAUUUUAGAUUUUUUACGUAAAGUACCCCUUAAUACUACAACUUUGAAGUAUAUUAACAACUUAGAAAUAUAAAAAAUAACUAGAGGUUAUAAAAUAACUACAUUUGAUUUUAACUUCCCAACACAAAAAUUACACUU